AAGCCCGAAAAUUUUCGGGCGGGCUUUGGGUGGUCUCGGGCUCCCAAUCUGCACUGUUGCUCGCCCCCUGCGUUCUACCAUCUCCCCGUCCACCCCCUACUGAAGCAUUAAACCCUAUCCUCGAAUGUAUAGCAACUACUCUCCGGUUGGCCGUGGUAACUGGUAGUGCUCAAGUCCUCAAAUAGGCACCCCUGCCAGUCUCUUGUGAAUCCUGAAAACCUUGGGAAACAAACAAAUACCUAAGAAAUGAACUUGUUAGCGAAGCAAGCAUCAAACUUCUUCAGAUCCCCUUGGCUUGCAUGUAAUCCAUUGAGUUCAAUGCAUCAGCAAUUUCAGCAGUGGCGAGGGAUUCGAGUAAGGGUGCGGAAUGGGAACCUUGAGCAAGCGCUGGUUAUAAUGCAGCGUAAGAUGCAAUCAAGUGGCAUGGAACGUCUGAUAAAGCGCCAGCAGAGGCACCAUGUCAAGAACUCUGAGAAGCGUGUCCUAGCUCGUAAAGCAUUGGAGCGAAGGAUCAGAUCCCAGGAGCUUGCUCGCAAGCUUCAAGCCAUCCUUGUAAAGAAAGUCAGGGGUCUUUGAGAACUUUGUUGAGUUACUACUUGAAGCAUUAUUUGCUAAGUCUAUCUUCAGUGUGCAACUGGCUGUUAAUUUUGCAGGUUUGUUCAUGUUAUUCUGUAUUUUUGUUUGGCACAAACUCCUAAUGUUUCAAAUAUAUUUUUCUGCUGACCAAUGGUCUAUUUGUAAUCAUGGGAAUCAGAUGCAAUUCAGUUAUUUUAUUUUAUUUUAUUUUAUUUUUAA